AAACAGAAAUGUCGAAAUCUCAGAUGGUUACUGAUGAGUGUUUCAGCAGAGCAGAGAGGAAACGGUGAGCAGGAUUCCUCGUAAAGACGGAGGAGGAGAAGAAAACUGAGUUUAAAUCAGUCAAUUUUUCAUUUUUAAUACAUACAAAAAACGACAGGAUUCUAAAAAUGAUGCACCGUGAAAAAAAGACAUUUUUUACUCUUCAGUGUGCAAGUCGUUUAAAGUAUUUUGAGUUUUUUUAAUACACAGGAUUCACUGAGCGGAACACGGAGUCUGUAAUAGUGAAGAAGCUUGGUGAAGAAGAUGAAUGUUUCUCUGCUGCGUGUUUAGGUGAUAAACGUGGACGGGUCGAACAGAGUGACGCUGCUGGAUGAUAAACUGCCGCACAUAUUCGGCUUCACGCUGCUGGGCGACUACAUUUACUGGAGCGACUGGCAGCGGAGGAGCAUCGAGCGCGUUCACACCACCAAGAUCACACGCGAGGUCAUCGUCGAGCAGCUACCUGACCUCAUGGGCCUCAAAGCCACCAAAGUCUCUGAGAUGUUCGGCACUAACGGCUGCACUGAGUCCAACGGCGGCUGCAGUCACCUGUGUUUCAAUGGGCCUCGCGGUCUCACGUGCGCGUGUCCGAUGGGUCUGGAGCUCCUCAGUGAUCUGCGCACGUGCGUCGUUCCUGAAGCGUUCCUGCUCUUCACCACCCGCGCCGAAAUCCGAAGCAUCUCGCUGGGAACCAACAGCAACGACGUGGCCAUCCCGCUCAGCGGCGUGAAAGAGGCCUCGGCGCUUGACUUCGACGUCGCAGAGAACCGAAUCUUCUGGACUGACGUUAACGCCAAGACAAUCAGCCGCGCGUUUAUGAACGGCAGCGGCGUGGAGGCGGUGAUCGAGUUCGGGCUGGAUUAUCCCGAGGGCAUGGCCGUGGACUGGAUGGGCAGGAACAUCUACUGGGCCGACACCGGAACCAACCGGAUCGAGGUGGCCCGUCUGGACGGUCAGUACCGCCAGGUUCUGGUGUGUAAAGACCUGGACAACCCUCGCUCGCUAGCGCUGGAUCCGGCUAACGGGUAUAUGUACUGGACGGAGUGGGGCGGUCGGCCGCGUAUCGCCUGCGCUCACAUGGACGGGACCAACAUCAUCACUCUGGUGGAUAAAGUGGGUCGAGCCAACGGUCUGACCAUCGACUACGUGGAUCAGCGACUGUACUGGACCGACCUGGACACGUGCAUGAUCGAGUCCACCAACAUGCAGGGCCUGCAGCGUGAGAUCGUAGCCGAUGAUCUCCCGCACCCGUUCGGUCUGACUCAGUACCGGGACUUUAUCUACUGGACGGACUGGAACCUGCGCAGUAUCGAGCGAGCGGAUAAGCGCAGCGGUCAGAACCGGACUCUGGUGCAGGGACAGCUGGAGUACGUCAUGGACAUCCUGGUGUUCCACUCGUCUCGACAGGACGGAUCCAACCAGUGCUCACACAACAACGGCCACUGCGCUCACCUGUGCCUGGCCUCUCCGUCCGGGGCACAGUGUCGCUGCGCCUCUCACUACACACUGCAGCCUGACGGCCACAACUGCAGCUCUCCCUCCAGUUUCCUGUUGUUCAGUCAGAAGAGUUCUAUCAGUCGGAUGGUUUUGGGAGAGCAGAGCCCGGAUAUGAUUUUGCCGAUCCAUGUGAUGAGGAAUCUGCGAGCGAUCAGCUUCGACCCGCUGAAGCGCUUCAUCUACUGGAUCGACGGGAAGCAGAGCAUCCGCAAGGCCCGAGACGACGGCUCUCAGGCGGCGACCGUGGUGUCUCCGGGCCCGACGCAGCCUCUGAAGCAGCCGCAUGAUCUGAGCCUGGAUGCGUUCAGCCGCACGGUGUACUGGACCUGCGAGAACACCAACACCAUCAACGUGCAGCGCAUGGACGGACAGAUCAUCGGGGAAGUGGUGAGAGACGACGUGGACAAACCCAGAGCCAUCGUCGUCAACGCCGAGAAAGGCUACAUGUACUUCACCACGCUGCAGGAUCGCUCGGCGAAGAUCGAAGGCGCGUCUCUGGACGGGACGGAGCGCGAGUCUCUGUUCACGACCGGUUUGAUCCGGCCCGUGGCGCUCGCUCUGGAUAACAAACUGGGCAAGCUGUUCUGGGUGGACGCGGAUCUGAAACGCAUCGAGAGCAGCGACCUGUCCGGAGCCAAUCGGAUCGUCCUCCAGGACUCCAACAUCCUGCAGCCGAUCGGCCUGACUGUCCUCGGAGAUCACCUGUACUGGAUCGAUAAGCAGCAGCAGAUGAUCGAGCGCGUGGACAAACGCAGCGGAGACAAGAGGACGCGGAUUCAGGGACGGAUUCAGUCUCUGACCGGAAUUCACGCCGUGGAGCUCAUGGAGACGGACGAGUUCUCGUCCCAUCCUUGUUCCCGUGACAACGGAGGAUGCUCACACAUCUGCAUCGCCAAGGGAGACGGAACGCCGAGAUGCUCGUGUCCCAUACACCUGGUGCUGCUGCAGAACCUGCUCAGCUGCG